AUGUCCGAGAUUGACGACCUAUUCGACUACGACGCCGGUCUUGACGAUGUCCUGAAAAAUCUCCCAUCAACUCAGGACAAGGAAACGUCACAGACGCAAAACAACAAUCAUGACGCCGACGCGACCAAAGUCCUAGGUUUGGACGCAGAUAUAAAACCUACCAAGCAAAGAGUGCCCAUAGCUAAGCUCGACGAGGCUCGCCUCCUUUCACAAAAAGGCAUCCCCAAACUACGAAAGGACGUCAGAACCAAACUCAAAUUCAAAGGCAAGGGCCACGAGUACUCCGACCUGGGACGCCUCCUGAACUUCUACCAACUAUGGCUCGACGAUCUGUAUCCCCGCGCGAAAUUUGCAGAUGGUCUCGCCAUGAUUGAGAAAUUGGGUCAUACGAAGCGCGUGCAGAUUAUGCGGAGGGAGUGGAUAAACGAGGAGAAGCCGGAUUAUCGUAGACGUGACGACGACAGUACCGAUGACUAUGGUAACCGCGACAAUGACAAUUCUACUGCGGAGAGGAACGGGCCGGCAGAUGCAACUACCACGAUUAACGACACGAGAAAUGAUACUUCACUAGAGGAUGAGCUGGGAGACUUAUUUGCCGAACGUCCAAGACGCAGCUUCGCGCCAGUUCAGGACGCAUCCACCCGACAGAAUGACGACGCACCACCCGACGACGACCUGGACAUGCUGUUGGCAGAAGCAGAAAACGUCACCUCCGCGCCAAAGAAUAAUAAUACAUCGAUCGAAUCACCAAGUGGGAAUGCGCCACCAGACGAUGAUCUUGACAUGCUGCUAGCCGAAGCCGAGAAUACCAGUUCCACUACGAGGCAAGCCGCGCCUACUGAAGCAGCUGCAAAUCAGCCCGUGACAGAAACGAAUAAUGAUAAUAAUGAUGCACCGCUGGACGACGAUCUUGAUAUGCUGUUAGCUGAAGCGGAGGAUAUUGCACAAGCUGGGAAUGGUGGUCGAAAAUCGAUAUUUAAUUAG